AUGGACUACGACAUGGUCGAGGGGGUCGACUUCGAGGGGGGUGACUUCUGGGGGCUCGCCCCCAACUUGAUCGCCUUCGACAUGGUCGGCUUGAACAUAUUCAACUUCGACCUCUUCGACUUCAGCCUGAUUUCGUCGCCGGUAUUUACGCCGAGUAAAUACCUUCUCCGAUAUAUCCUCAUCCAAACCGGCCUAUUGUUCGUACGUGCGGUCUUGGGUCUGCCCAAUAUGCAGUCCGAAGCCAAUGCCGCGGGCAGGCGCAUCCUCGAAACAACCUACACCUGA